AUGGAGCACCAGACCGGUAAAGACCCUAAUGCCGGAGUUGAUGCCAAUAUUUCGAAGAUUAUCGCCGUGUCAGUGUUCGCCAGCGUGCUGGCCAUCGCGUCCAUGACGGGCCGGUUUACGGCUAGAAAGAUGAACCGACAGAAGUGGAAGGCUGAUGAUUGCUGGAUUGCAGUAGCUGUGGUGUUCAUUCUUGCCGAUUCAGCGUGCUAUCUGGCGGGCAUUCGGUAUGGCUUUGGCCGCCAUGUCCAUACCGUGGAUCGCAACGAUAUUUUCACCUUCUUCCGGAUUGCAUGGGCCACCUUUCUGCUUUACGGGUGCGCAAUCACCGCCGUGAAGGUCUCAGUCCUACUGUUCUAUCGCCGCAUGUUCCCGACGCGAACCAUUAAGAUCCUGCUGAUUGUGCUCAGCGUGCUCUCCACCAUCUGGUUUCUCCUCAUCACUCUGUUCUCUAUCUUUCAAUGUAUGCCCGUGAGGAAGGCAUGGGACCCGACCGUGCCCGGCAAAUGCAUUCCUCACCUGGACAUUUUUAUUGGGAUGCAAGCGACCAACAUCUUCCUGGACAUCGCCGUGCUCUGUCUUCCGAUUUCCGCUGUCAUGGACCUGAACAUAUCCCGAUCGCGUCGCAUUGCUGUUGCCGGUAUAUUUAGUCUCGGAGGCCUAUCUAUCAUUUUCGCUGCAGUUCGCCUCGCGGUUCUUGUUCAGAAUAAGAACCAAACUGAUAUCACCUGUAAGUACAUUAUCCCCAAGCCUCUCUCGAUCACAGCACCUAAAUCCCCUGGCAUUGUUGACGGCAGUGCUCGACAGUCCACGAGUACGGACAAUCUUUCCCUGCGGGGACACGAGCACGGCACAAAUUUUGUAUAG